UUAACCCACUGAGUGAGGCCAGGGAUAGAACCCCAGUCCUCAUGGAUACCAAUUGGGUUCAUUACUGCUGAGCCACUAUGGAAACUCCCCUACUUUGUAGCUGAAGGAACUGAGACUGAGUAAAAUGACUUACCUAAGGUCACACAAGUAGGUAAAUGGUGGAGGCAGAGUUCAGUUUCAGGUCUGUCUGUCCCAAAGCCUGGGAUUUUAACAGAAAAAAAAAAUACAGAGGAGAAAAGUAAGUAGUCUCUCUGCCCCCAGAACACAGGAAGAGUUCGGUUUAUAAAAUGAUGAAUUAGAUAUUUAAGGCAGGGUGUUUCUAAAUUAUUCUUCACUUUUAAUCCCUGAAAAUUAUUGGCAAAGAUGGCAGAAGGAACCAGGGAGGAAGAAGAACAGUUCCUCUUUCGAAUAUUGGCUCAGAUUCCCGCAAGUCAACCCCCUGCUACAUGCACAGAAUAAGGAUGCCUAGAGAGUAUUUCACCCCCUCUGCUAUUUUAUAACCAAGAUGCAUGAGGCUCCAAGAUGUCAAGGUAUUUCUAAAGGUCACGUGAGAAGUUGAUAGCAGAACUGGCACUUCAAAUUCUGGUCUGCCACAUUCUAGCCCAGUUUUCUUUCUGCUGUCACCCCGCCUUAUAUGAUCAGUCCAACACAUGUUUAUAGGUUAUUCGGGAAAAUGUAAGGAAGAAGUGGAACUUUACUGCACUCCGAGAUAGAAGAGGGGACAGAUGUUGCCCUCACCACCCGUCCUUAUGUACCUGCAGUUUCUUCCCUCUGCAUCCAGUUAUCUUCAGCAUGGGGGAACAGAACCACUCUCCCGGGAAGGAGCUUCAGCCCUGGACACGAACAGAGGCUCCUGGAAAGAAAAGCUGGCACCCCCAGGCCUACGCCCUUGGGGCUGUUUCCAACUUUAUGUCUACUUUUCUGACUUUUCCUAUCUAUAAGGUUGUGUUCCGGCAACAGAUCCAUGCCGUGGCGGUGUCACAGGCCGUCCGGCAGCUUUGGCACGAAGGCCCUCAAUACUUCUACCGGGGAAUCUACCCGCCUCUUCUCUCCAAGACGCUGCAAGGGACUCUGCUGUUUGGGACUUAUGAAAACCUGCUGUGUUCUCUCUGCCCUGUUGGGCCCCACUCCCUGGGACACCGCUGCACUGCAGGGCUCAUGUCUGGUGUGGUGGAGGCGGUGGCGCUCAGCCCCUUUGAAAGGGUGCAGAAUGUGCUCCAGGAUGGUCGCAAGCAAGCUCGCUUUCCCAGCACCUUCAGCAUCCUCAAGGAAUUCCACUCUUAUGGGCUUUGGGGGCGGCUGUCAAUGGGUUACUAUCGUGGUUUCUGGCCUGUCCUUCUCAGGAACAGCCUGGGGAGUGCUCUGUAUUUCUCCUUCAAGGACCCCAUCCGGGAUAGCUUAGCAGAGCAAGGCCUGCCCCACUGGGUUCCUGCCUUGGUGUCUGGGAGUGUCAAUGGAACCAUAACUUGCCUCAUUCUGUAUCCUCUGAUUGUGCUCGUGGCCAAUAUGCAGUCCCAUAUUGGCUGGCAGAGCAUGCCAAGCCUGUGGGCCUCUGCCCAGGACGUGUGGGACACACGGGGCCGAAAGGUGUUCCUCAUCUACCGUGGAGGUUCCCUGGUCAUCCUAAGGUCCAGCGUGACAUGGGGCCUCACUACUGCGAUCCAUGACUUCCUGCAGAGGAGGGCUCGUUCCAGAAAAGAGCUGAAAGACUGACCAGCUGCAGGCAGUGUGGCCAUGGCAACUGGUGAUUCUAAGCCUUCACUGCUUGGUUUAGAUAGCUUACUUCUUUGUCCUGGUCACCUAAUACAACUAUUCUUUAGCAUCUUUAUACCGUCAGUGCACUGAGAAGUUCCCAACUACCAGCCUGUGGGGCAAAGACAAAGCCCAAUAGGGCUCCUUGGUCAGAAAGAGAAAUUCACUCCACUCCAUCCACAGCCUCAACAGCCUCAGACGCAGGAGGCCUUUAAGUAACUUCUAACACAGAUGAAAUGUCAUCCUUUUAAGGAUGUCCAUGGCCAUAAGAGGAAACUCUAAAAGAUGACCUUACUUAGGCACUGUGAGUUCUGGUACCCCUCCAGUUGUCCUCUGGGCCAAACAGGGUGGGAGGACCAGGAGUUCCAAUUUCAGAGAACUCAGAAUCCCAAUUCUUGACUCAUAGAAUGAGGAUUUCACAGAUUUUCUCAAAUGGCUACAUUUUCUUGACUUUGUUCAGUACCCCAGCCACCACCACUCUCACUUCUCAAGCUGUUGGAUACUAGUUUCAAGGUAGUAGUUUUGUCUGGAAAUCCUAACUUAGACUUGCCCCAACUGAUCAGGUGCCAUGAGAACUGGUGGGGUUGGAGGUGGAAGUGGGAAGAAGGGUGGUCCCUGGAUGGAUGGAAAGAAUAGACUUAGAGGGAAGAGGUUCAACUGCACGCAGAAUAGAAAAUUCUAUCGAUUGCUUGGUGUUAAGUGCUGGGACAUUUCUGAUAGCAAGGCAGUAACAUUGCCUAGAAACCACUUGAGUUUCCCUAAGAAAUAUGGAACUGAAGUGACCAUAUCUCUUCAUAAAUGAUUACAUAUUUUAUUGCUGUGGAUAAAUAUAGUUACUCUAAUGCAAGUUAAAGAUGUGAAAUAUUAGCCUAUCAUUUAGAGCUCUUCAGAAUAUGGUCCCCAUAAAACCUGUAGCAUUUUAUCAAGCUACUCCCACUUACAUAGAUCCCAUACACCAGCCAAACUGGACUAUUAUUCUCUCCCCAGAUGUGCCAUUAACUUUCCCAGGGUCAUGCUUUGGCCCACGCUAUUUUUGCCACUUGUAAUAACCACUCUCUACGUGCCAGUCUGCCAAAAUCCUUCCAGUUCCUCAAGGCCCAGCUCAGAUGCCACCUUCUCUAAAGAACCUCUUCUGAUUGCUCCCAACUGAAUGUGAUGGUAGUCUCUUGUGAUGCCCUUCUCCAGUAACACUUCAUACAUGGCACUGAGUCCAUUAUGCCACUGAUCUUGCGUGGUCCUGUGAUCUUGAUGUUCUUCAAUACCUCCUAUGGGACUAAAAACUCCUUGAAAGCAGGGAUUCUUGUAUUCAUUUUAAGAUCCUCCAUUGUGCCUAGGUGCUCAAUAAUGUUGGCUGAAUUGUUGGAUUGAUUAUCAAGCUGUGAUAUGGUCUUUAUCCUCAGGGUGCUGUCCCUUGUACAUGAAAAUAAUGUUAUUGAUUCACUGUCAUUAAGACACCUGCCUGUGGACUGUGAUUUUUGUUUUAUUAGUGGAUUUAAUUUUUGCUAAUGAUAAUGAUGCUGAUGAUGAUUAAUAAUAACGAUAAUUAAAAAAAGACUUUCAACUGGGACAUUUGAUGAGUUU